AUGAUAUCAGGUGUAGUAAGAUUAGGCAAGCCAUCUAAAAAGGCUGUAUUUUCAAUGACUGAUUCGGCAAUAACAAAGAUUAAAGAAUUAAUGAUAAAGGAAGGAGAAAAGUGUCAAGGUUUAAGAUUAGGUGUCAAACAAAGAGGAUGUUCAGGUUUACAAUAUACAUUAGAUUUUACAAGUCAACCUCCAAACAAGUUGGAUGAAGUAGUAACAGAUAAAGGUAUAACAAUUGUAGUAGAUUCAAAAGCAUUAAUGUCAGUGAUUGGUACAGAGAUGGACUAUAUAGAGGAACCAAUCAAAAAGGAGUUUAUAUUUAUCAAUCCAAAUGCAACCAAUACUUGUGGUUGUGGUGAAUCAUUUACAGUCAAAGACCCAGUAAUUCAAUUUAGUAAUAGUAGCAGUAGCAAUAAUAUUUUAAAUAAUAAUCCUAUAAAACAUCUAUAA